AUGGCGAUUUCCUACGCAAACUCUCUUCCUACUGAUCAUUCUCAGACCCUGCCCUCGUUUAGAGAGCUUCUCCCUCCUCACCUCCACGAUGAAAUCGACUCUACCUCUUACUUCACUUCUCCCCGUCAACGCUCUAGCUUCGAGUUCUCCGGUCGUCAACCUUUACAAUCACCCCCCAAGAUGCCGCUGAAUGACGCCCCACGAGACUACUCCCUCACUCCUAUCCGUGCUUCAGAUUCUGGGGAUCAUUCCUCUCUCCCUCCCCGGUUUCCCGGGAAUGGCUCCCCCGUCGCUCCCGGGUCGACUCCCCGGUAUGCGGCAACCUCCUCGCGUGGCCCUAGCCCCAUUCUCCCCCCGAUCCGGGAUUUGCACUCUCUUCCAGACCGCAGCUUGACCUCGGGUUCGCCAUUCUCGGAUGGGAGACCCGCUUCGCGACCAGACCCGUUUCUGCCUGAUUACCGUUCUGCGCCGAUGGAUGCACGUGGCCCAUGGGAUCGUCGGAAUGGAGACUCUGCCUCGUAUAUGGGGACUAGCGGACCAGCUGCUAUGAUGCACAGUCACCCUGCUCCUUAUGGUUAUCCAAUGGCCUACCCCAGUGACUCCGAGCAGCACUCGCCGCAGUUGGUAUCACAUGCGCAGUCGAACUUUGGCAUCAUGGGCGAUCAGACCGACUCCAGGAACAGGCGCAGGCGAGGUAAUCUUCCCAAGCCUGUUACUGAUAUCCUUCGGGCCUGGUUCCAUGAGCAUUUGGAUCAUCCGUAUCCUAGUGAGGAGGACAAACAGAUGUUCAUGACCCGGACAGGGUUGUCUAUUAGUCAGAUCAGCAACUGGUUUAUCAACGCCAGAAGACGACAGCUUCCCGCUCUUCGCAAUCAGAUGCGCAACGGUGGCAGCGACAUGGACUCGCAACGACAGUCCCCAUUUAGCGACAUGGAUCAGACUUCGUCUGAAUCGAUGCCAUCUCCUCACCGGUGA